AUGUGUGGUAUUUGUUGCAUUGUUACUUUGUGUAGCCAGCAUGCUAUUCAUGAUUUCUUUAAUGAAGACAUACUCUGCUGUCUUAGAAGAAGAGGACCAGACAGUAGCCAACAGUUGAUAAAAACUGUGUCUGAUCUCUCUUACGAGUGUCUGUUUUCUGGCCAUGUACUUCACUUGAGGGGACUGAUGACUCCUCAGCCUCUGGAAGAUGCCAAUAACAAUGUUUUUCUUUGGAAUGGAGAAAUUUUCAAUGGAGUGCAUGUAGGAGAUUUGGAGAAUGACACUGCAGUAAUGUUUCAUCGUCUUGCAUUAUGCAGUAGUGAAGCAGACAUUUUGUCACUCUUUUCAUCACUUCGGGGUCCGUGGUCUUUUAUUUAUUAUCAAGCAUCUAGACACAGUUUAUGGUUUGGUAGAGAUUAUUUUGGUCGUCGUAGUUUGCUUUGGCAAUCCAAUAAUGAGGUUGGUGGUGCUUUCUGUCUCACAUCUGUAAGUGUUUAUUCUGAACCAGGUAAACAAUGGCAGGAAGUCCCAGCAUCUGGAAUUUUCAAAAUUGAUCUCAAAGCUUGUGCAACAACUAAAUCUUUGUCUUUAAUGUUGUUUCCAUGGAAGCACAGCUGCACAGAGAAAGCGGUAGAAGAAAUAUUCAUUGAAGUCCUGGAUCAAGUUUCAAAAGACUUACCAAACCACGUACCUCUCAUGAUGAAUGAAUCAAAACUAUGUCUCAGAGCACCAGUUAUCCCCUUAAAUAAAACAAUUGCUGAAGUUUCAGGUGAAUGUCCAGGCACUAAUAUUAACAAUGUAACCCAUAUGGUUUCUGUAGAAACCCUUCAACGAUUUCUUGCAGAAGAAUGCAAGAAAACAACAGUCCAUCAGUUUAUUGAUGUUUUAAAUGAAGCGGUGAAGAGACGGGUUUUAUCUCUCUUUAGAGAUGAAGAUCAGAAAACAAGAUUAGUUCCAAGCACGUCUAAUACGAAAGCACACAUUGCAGUGCUCUUUUCUGGUGGCAUUGAUUCGAUGGUUAUUGCAGCUCUUGCUGAUAAACAUGUGCCUGUAGGGGAACCAAUUGAUCUUCUCAAUGUAGCUUUCUUGAUAAAAGAACAAGCUAAGCAAAAGCGUACCAGUAAAGAACAUGCCAACCAGGAAGUACAGCUGGAUUUGCUUUGUCCUCAAGAAAGUUGUAAAGAUCUUGAUGCUAAAACUGUUGCUCAUUUAUCUUGCUUUGCUGUUCCUGACAGAAUCACUGGUAGGGCAGGACUGAAAGAAUUAGAAGCCAUUAACCCUUCAAGAACUUGGAACUUUGUGGAAAUUAAUGUUACACGAGACGAACUGAAAAAAAUGAGACAACAACGCAUUAAGCACUUAAUUUAUCCACUGGAUACAGUCUUGGAUGACAGCAUUGGCUGUGCAAUUUGGUUUGCUUCCAGAGGAGAAGGUUUUAUUAAUAACCAGGGAGAACUGAAACCAUAUAAAAGUCCUGCAAAGGUUGUGCUUACAGGAAUUGGAGCAGAUGAACAGCUUGCCGGAUAUUCUCGACAUCGUGUUUGCUUCAAAAAAUAUGGCUUAGAGGGGCUGAAUAAAGAACUUGAAAUGGAGUUGGAUCGCAUUUCUUCUAGAAAUCUUGGUAGAGAUGACAGGAUUAUUGGUGAUCAUGGAAAAGAAGCCAGGUUUCCUUUUCUUGAUGAAGAUGUUGUAUCAUUCCUCAAUUCUCUGCCCAUCUCAGAAAAAGCUGACUUGACUUUACCUCGAGGAAUUGGUGAGAAAUUGAUUCUUCGCCUUGCAGCCAAGGAACUUGGCCUUACAGCCUCAACCAUUUUGCCAAAAAGGGCUGUACAGUUUGGAUCUCGGAUUGCAAAACUAGAGAGCAACAGUGAAAAAGCAUCUGACACUUGCAGCAGACUGAAGUUACUUUCAGUAGAUGAAUGAUAAAGCUACAUCUUGAGACGUUGCGUUUAUCCUAUAUGCAAAUGAAAUAAAUCUUUGGAGUUUUCUUA